AUGGCUUCUCCUGAUCAACCGAAUCAGCACCCUGACGAGGGUUCAGAUCAUAAUGCUGACGUUUCGUCCCAGGCACAGCAAUACCUCCAAAUUCCUCCUUCAAAACCGAAACGCGGGAACAGCUCGAAAAGCAAUAACACAGCUACCUCUCGCGUUCCUAGUUCUUCGGAUACCGCCAGACCCUCUUCCAGCCGUGAUGAUUCUAGUAUGUAUGAAAGUUCUGAUGAUGAUAAAAAAGAUGACCCUCCGCCAGAUUACACUAGCAAUCCCUCCGUCCGUUCCCAGAAUAAUCCGUCCGACGAUGAACAUUCUUCUAGUACUUCCGAGGUCUCCAUGAGUCAGUUGUUACAUAGUGAGUAUGAAGAAGCUCCAUUUGCUUUUCCUAUACCUUUGUUACAAAAAUUCGUAGAUCCAAAAAGCACAGCCCCUUUGCAUGCUGUUCACGGUCUUCCUGGUUUGUUUAAGGGGUUUCGAGUUGAUCCUCACAAUGGUGUAUCUACUUCUGAAAUACACUAUUCCGAUAAGCUUUCCAUGCGAGAUGUCUUGGAUGAUAAUUUGGAUCCUAUGAUGGAUCUCCACCUCGAAAAUACAAGCUCUGCCGAAAACCAUGAAUCCUCUGAAUUGCCAGAUAACUGUGAUCGUAUUCAAUACUAUGGUGCUAAUAAAUUACCAGAACAGGGUUCUAAAGGAUUAAUUCGCUUAAUGUUGGAAGCCUUCAAAGAUAAAGUCUUAAUUUUACUUUCUAUUGCCGCCGUCAUCUCGUUAGCUCUUGGCUUAUAUCAGACAUUUGGUCAACCCCCGAGCGUCGAUCCUAUCACCGGAAAGCCAGAACCACGAGUCGAAUGGGUUGAAGGUGUAGCGAUUAUAGUUGCUAUUCUUAUUGUUGUUACUGUUGGUGGUGUCAAUGAUUGGCAAAAAGAAUUGCAAUUUAAGAAACUCAAUGCAAAAGUAGCGAACUUUGAUGUUCAGGUACUAAGAGAUGGUUCUGUUCAAUCAAUAUCUGUCUUCAAAGUAUUAGCCGGAGAUAUUCUUUUUGUUGAAGCGGGUAAUGUGGUUCCUGUUGAUGGCGUAUUAAUUGAGUCGAACAAUUUGGUUCUUGAUGAAUCUGCUAUGACGGGUGAAACAGACGCUACAAAAAAGGUAGAUGCAAAUGUGGCUUUAUCCCGAACAAACCCUGAUACUGAUUAUGAUAAAAAAGCAGACCCGUAUCUUAUUUCAGGAACUACAGUCUUGGAAGGAAACGGCAAACUGUUCGUUACUACUGUCGGUGUCAAUUCUUUUAAUGGCCGUACCAGUAUGGCUAUGCGUACGGAGGGACAGGUGACACCUUUACAGCUUCGCCUUUCCCGAGUUGCUGAUGCAAUUGCCAAACUUGGCGGUGCUGCUUCUCUCUUGUUGUUUGUGAUUCUUCUGAUUGAAUUUUUGGCUCAUAUUAAGCAAAAUUCGAACUCAUCGAAAACUAAAGGACAAGAAUUUUUGCAGAUACUUAUUGUUUCAGUUACCCUUUUGGUUGUUGCUGUACCAGAAGGUCUUCCUUUGGCUGUCACCCUUGCAUUGGCAUUCGCAACUAAUCGUAUGCAGCGUGAUAACAACUUGGUGCGUCAUUUACAGGCCUGUGAAACAAUGGGAACGGCUACUAAUAUUUGCUCCGACAAAACCGGAACACUGACUCAAAAUCGAAUGACAGUGGUUGCUGGUGGUUAUGGUACGGAUCUAGUAUUCUUCAACUCAAACGAAGCAAUACCAUCUGGCAUGGACAACAAUUCUGAUAAAUCCAAAUUUGAAGAGGCUGAAUCUAGUGCACAUGCUAUUAAAGGACUUUCUUCAGAAUUGAAAGAGGUCAUGUUGUAUAGUAUUGCUAUCAACUCCACUUGCCGACAAAUACUUGAUCACGAUUCGGAAAAGCCUGAAUUUAUUGGGUCGAAAACAGAAACAGCGCUAUUGGAUAUGGCGGUAAAUGAUUUUGAGCUUAAGGAUGUUGAUAAAAUGCGCAAUAGAACUGAAAUCGUUCAGUUUUUUUCAUUUUCUUCAGAUCGAAAGGCUUCUGGUGUUAUUUAUAAGCACGAGGAUGAAUAUUAUUUUGUCGUCAAAGGUAUGCCUGAAAAAGUAUUACAGCAGUCCUCAAAGGUGAUUAGCGGAACUUCGCUUGACGAGGUUCAAGAAUUGGAGCCUAAAAGAGACUAUUUUAAUCAAAUGAUUACAGGGUAUGCUAAAAGAUCGCUGCGUACUUUGGGUUUUUGUUAUCGUAAAUUCUCUUCUUGGCCUCCUGAAGGAAUAAAAAUGAUGAACGAAGACAACCAUAAUCCAUUUAAUUGGGACGAUGUUUUUCAAGACAUGACUUUCUUGUCGUUCUUUGGUAUCAUGGAUCCCCUCCGUCCUGAUAUUCCCGUCGCUGUCAAAGUAUGCCAAGGUGCUGGUGUAGUGAUUCGAAUGGUUACCGGUGACAAUAUUGUCACGGCAAAAUCCAUUGCUAGUCAAUGUGGUAUCAUUACUGAAGAUGGUAUCACAAUGGAAGGUCCUGAAUUCAGAUCUCUUUCAGAAGAACGCCGAUUAGAGAUAUUACCUAAAUUGGAUGUUCUAGCUCGUUCGUCUCCUCUCGAUAAACAGCUACUUAUUGAAGGUCUUCAAAAACUAGGCAACGUUGUGGCAGUAACUGGUGAUGGUACAAAUGAUGCACCAGCCUUAAAGAAGGCAAAUGUUGGAUUUUCGAUGGGCCGAUCUGGGACUGAGGUAGCCAAGGAAGCUUCUGAUAUUAUUUUGAUGGACGAUAACUUUUCGUCCAUUGUUAAAGCCAUUGCAUGGGGUCGUACUGUAAACGAUGCGGUUAAAAAGUUCUUGCAGUUCCAAAUCACGGUGAAUAUCACUGCGGUUUUUCUUACUAUUAUAUCUGCUGUUGCUGCUUCGGAUCAGACUUCCGUGCUUACUGCUGUUCAGCUUUUAUGGGUUAAUUUAAUUAUGGAUACCUUGGCGGCUUUAGCACUAGCCACUGAUCCUCCAAUGCCAGAGGUUUUGAAUAGAUCACCUGAAGACCCCAAAGCAUCUCUGUUUAGUUUUAAUAUGUGGAAAAUGAUUAUUGGUCAAUCGAUAUACCAACUGGCAGUUACUUUGGUGUUGCACUUUGCUGGUAACCAAUUAUUCCACUACUCCGAUCGAAGUAAUGAUAUGAAAACAAUCGUGUUUAAUACCUUCGUAUGGCUUCAACUAUUUAAUGAAUUGAACAACAGAAGACUUGAUAACAAGCUCAACAUAUUUGAACGAAUUACCCAUAACUAUCUUUUCGUUGGCAUCUUUUUGGUUGUUGCAGGCAUUCAGGUAGUUAUCAUUUUUUUCGGAGGAGCUGCUUUUUCUGUCACGAGAAUUGAUGGUAAAGGUUGGGCGAUUUCUAUUAUUUUUGGCGUUAUCGCUAUUCCGCUUGGUGCUUUAAUUCGAUGCAUACCGAAUGCCUUUUUAAGGAAAGUACUUCCUCUUAAGUUAAUUGAAAAAGUGCUCUCUUGGGUCAUGCAUCCAAGAUUUCGUGCAAGGGGUACUCAUGAUAAUGAUGAUUUGGAAACGAACAGGCUUAUUCCAUUUGAGCCAUCUUCACCGAAUGAAGUCAUUGAUUCAAUUCGAGAUUCUCUUUCUUUCGUGCAAAAAAUUCGUGGGGGCCGUAUAAGGAAUUUGCUGGGCUCUAAGUUUGACAAGCAAAUGAAUGCCCUUCCAGAAAGAGUUCGUCCACGGGUGAAGAGAAGAUUUUUAGAAAUGCGUAGUCCGUCUGCGGCUUCCAAUACGAGCGUUGCUCUCAUGGUUCCGAUUUCGACAUUGUUCAGCGAAGCCAGUGGUAGGCUGGGUGGUCAGGAUAUUUGGACUAACAAUGAACAGCAGAAUUAUGGCAAAACAGCAAAAUAA